GCUGGCAGGCUGAUGUAAAGGCCUGGGAAUGGGGAAAGACCCGGCGGGUGUUUGCACACAAUUGCUCUCGUUUAUUUCAGAUAGGGAACUCCUGACCAUCACUCCCUGGAAUCUUAUCAUUUUCUAUCUUUACUGUUCACUGAAGACAAGGUUUCAGUAAUCCAAGCUGGACGUGCCGAAGGAAGAGAGACGACAGACUUUUAUAAUGGAUGAGGAAAAGAUUGCCACCUGGGAUGAGAGGAUAAUGUCAUAGGCAGAACAGACAGCUAUCAUCAAGCACAUUUCCGUUGCGGUCGGUUGAUGUGGACCUGCCGAAACAUACCCAGUGCUCCUGAAUUAAUACUCCGAACCUCCUGGCUGAAUCCCAGAGGAGGCUGAUGAACCAUGCGCUGCUCGACGCUGCUGACAAUCAUGGCAGCCGUGCUGCUGUAUCUGGUGAUAGGAGCAUUGGUGUUCGGCUGGCUGGAGGCUCCCAGGGAAGAACAGGCUUAUAACCAGCUGCUCAGGUCUCGACUCCGAUUCCUGGACAAGCACAACUGCGUUCAAGAGAACAACCUCAGUGAGUUCACUCAGCGUGUUAUUGAUGCGAUUGAGGCUGGUGUCGAUGCCAGAAGCACUUUAAAUUUCACCAGUAGAUGGAAUCUAGCCAAUGCCUUCUUCUUCUGUGGGACCAUCAUCACUACCAUUGGUUUUGGAAACCUCUCCCCAAAGACAGAGGGAGGCCAGUUGUUUUGUAUCUUCUAUGCCCUUGUGGGAAUCCCUAUGUUUGGCAUCCUGUUAGCUGGAGUUGGAGAUCACCUGGGCACCAUGCUGCGGAGGGCAGUUGCAAAGAUCGAGGCUCUGUUCAGGCAAAAGAAGGUGAGCCACACCAGCAUAAGGAUCAUAUCUGCAGUGUGCUCCAUUCUGAUUGGCUGCUUGAUCUUCAUUGCCUUACCCACAGUGGUGUUUCAGGAAGUUGAAGACUGGACGCUUUUGGAGGCGGGAUAUUUUGUCGUAAUCACGCUGACAACCGUGGGAUUCGGUGACUAUGUAGCAGAGAACCGUAAAGAUGGCGUUCCUAUUUACAAGCCUCUAGUGUGGUUGUGGAUUGUGUUCGGCAUGGCCUACUUCGCCUCAAUCCUCACUAUGAUAGGCAACUGGCUCAGAAUGCUCUCCAAGAAAACUAGGGCAGAGAUGGAGGAACUAAGAGCACAUGCUACGGAUUGGACCCAGAAUAUCCAGAACAUGUCUAUGGACUUUCGCAUCCCUGUCCCUUUAGACCUUAAUGAUCCUUUCCAGCUCCAGCGUAGACGCAGAAGGAAACGCCGCCGUGGUGCCCACCAUCGGCACCCGAGGCUUGUUGUGGAUGGAAUUCCUCAUGGAGUGUCACUGGAGGCUAAUUCCAUCAGGGAAAAUGGCCAUCUGUUUGUAAACUGGCCUGAUUCCCAGUAUAACAGUGCAUCAGACACCAGAUUAUAUAGGAGCUAUGAGACGAGACCUGGAUCAUGCUUGACGUCAGGGCAAAACUCAAGACCUAUCUCACGGUCUGAACUGAAGUCUGAUUCCAAGCCUGAAUCAAGAUCCACAUCCAGAUCGAUUUCAGGAUCGGACGCCAGAUCCGAGACACCAUCGGAAUCCUGGUCCCAGUCAGAGUGGAACUCGCAGGGGUCUGGGUCGGGAUCCGAGAGUGAAAAAAAGGAGGCGAGCGAAAAUGAUGUCCCUGUUGUUUUAAACGGAAGCUGUGCGAGUCUUCCACCUUCCUCUCCUGCUCCUUCUCCCCCUCAGCCGUCUCUCCUGGACUUCUUCGGUGAGAAUUUGGCCUACAUCGACGAGUCAUCAGACACAUUAAGUGAUCGCAUUAAAGUGUCUGGAGCCGGAUCAAACCGGCCUCGCAGACCGAAGAAAAAAAGCAUAAGAAGGCAGCUUCCAUUCAUGAGUCCUUUAGGACUACAGAGAGCCUGCAGCAGUGACCUUCAUCCCCCAUCUUAUCCGCCUACACCUCCGCCGCAAAAAGACUGAAGCCAUUAGUCCCAAUCUAUGAAGGAAAUGUAAAACUUUCUCACUCCAAGCUUAGCACAGCAUACAGACGUGUGUGGGUGGCCACAAAAUAUUAGCGUAAGCAAAUUUACAAAGAAGCAGUGUUCUCAUGGAAAAGUCCUGUCGCGGUGGCUCGUCUUUAAAAACAUGUUGACAAGCAUAGAUGUUCAUUCUUAGUACUUUGCAGAAACGUCAGAAAGGGGCGUGGUUGAUUACAGUGGCAGAAGAUUAGUUAAUAUAGCCAUUAUUUAUAGCCAUUAUAUAAGCUACACACUAUAUAAUAAAGGAUACAAAAAAGGUUAGAGGUAACACCCUUAGGAGACCUUUAGUUAUCCAUCUGCUAUGAACAGUCUCAGACCGAAUUUUAUACACACUCAUCAUGAACAUGAAUGUUAUUGCAAUUUAGGGCUUUCAAUGGUUUCUUUAAACGUAUCUUUUUUUGGAGCAGAAUAAUUGUACCACAUAUAUCUUUAACAAAAGAAAUGUCCAUUGGAACCAUUCCCAAACAGCUGCAAAUUCAGUUCAAACAACUUUACAUAAGUAUAACUAAUUAGGAGGUGUAGCCACUUAGCCAAGUUCUGUAAGAAGAUUGUAAACUGCCACCUUCAUCUGAGAGGUAAAUACUUCAUAUGGUCAGGAACAACUCAGGAACCACCAAGGCAAAGGCUUGCCAUGAAACUGGAAGAUACAAGGUCUACAGUCUACAGGUGGUGGUACCAUUAUUUUAUGCUGUUUUGGGUCAGUGGAACA